UAUCAUCAAAUUGAUCACAAUCUCAACUGGAAUUUCUAUAAUAUAAACAAUAAUUAGAAUUAUCUUAACUUAAAAUAGUAUAAUAAUUGUCAUUUAUAUAUCAAAGCUACGUUUGUGUUUAUAUUUGAUAAGGCUACAAACACAAAAAUAUAGCACUAGGAUACAGUGGCCAAUGCACGUGGAUUUAUAAGGCUCGAAAAAAAAAAAAAAAAAAAAAAGUUAACAGACGGAAUCAUCAUUAAAAAUGUCUAUAAAUCUGACUGCUAAGGAAAUUCGUCAAGCCUAUAUUGAUUUUUUUAAAAGCAAAAAUCAUGAAUAUGUUCACUCUAGUUCAACGAUUCCUCAUAACGAUCCUACAUUAUUGUUUACCAAUGCUGGUAUGAACCAGUUCAAGCCAAUUUUCUUGGGAACGUUUGAUCCGAAUAGUGAUAUGGCAAAAUGGACAAGAAUCGUUAAUUCACAAAAAUGUAUCCGUGCAGGUGGAAAACACAAUGAUCUUGAUGAUGUAGGAAAGGAUGUUUAUCAUCAUACAUUUUUUGAAAUGAUGGGGAACUGGUCUUUUGGAGAUUAUUUUAAGAAAGAAAUAUGUUCAUGGGCUUGGGAAUUUCUUACUGUUGUACUGAAAUUACCAGCUGAUCAACUUUAUGUGACAUAUUUUGGAGGAGAUGAGAAAACACGAUUAGAACCAGAUUUAGAGUGUAAAAAUUUCUGGUUAUCUCUUGGUGUUCCACAAACCCAUGUAUUACCUGGAAAUAUGAAAGAUAAUUUUUGGGAGAUGGGUGAAACAGGUCCUUGUGGUCCAUGCAGUGAAUUACAUUUUGACAGAAUUGGUGGUAGAGAUGCUUCCCAUUUAGUAAAUAUGGAUGAUCCAGAUGUUUUAGAAAUUUGGAAUUUAGUGUUUAUACAAUAUAAUCGAGAGAAAAAUGGUAAUCUCCAUCUACUUCCUAAAAAACAUAUAGACUGUGGCUUAGGCUUGGAACGUCUUGUUUCUGUGAUACAAAAUAAACGCUCAAAUUAUGAUACCGAUUUGUUUCUACCACUUUUCAAUGCAAUUCAAAAAGGCACUGGUGCACCGCCUUAUCGAGGUCGUGUUGGGAAUGAUGAUACCGAUGGUAUUGACAUGGCAUACAGAGUUCUUGCCGAUCAUGCAAGAACUGUAACAAUUGCUUUGGCUGAUGGUGGAGUUCCUGAUAAUACUGGUAGAGGAUAUGUAAUAAGGAGAAUUUUGAGACGCGCUGUGCGAUAUGCUACUGAAAAAUUGAAUGCGCAACCCGGAUUUUUUGCCACUCUUGUGAACGACGUUGUAGAGCUUCUAGGAGAUGUUUUCCCAGAAGUUAAAAGAGAUCCUCAAAGUACAAUAGAUAUAAUAAACGAAGAGGAAACACAAUUUUUAAAAACAUUAACAAGAGGGCGUAAUUUACUUAACAGGACAAUAGCAAAAUUGGAAUCCACGCACAUUGUACCAGGUGAUGUUGCAUGGCGUUUAUACGAUACGUAUGGAUUCCCUGUAGAUCUAACUCAAUUGAUGGCUGAAGAAAAAGGGCUGACCAUUGACGUAACUGGUUACGAAGAAGCCAAAAAGCUAGCAAUAAUUGCAUCACAAAAUAAAGCUGGUAGCAUAAGCGAUCAGAUUAAUUUGGAUGUACAUGCUAUAACAGAGUUGCAAAACAAUGGGAUAAAAGCCACUGACGAUUCACCAAAAUAUAAUUACGAAGUACAGUCAUCUGAAAAAUAUGCCGAAUAUUCUUUUGCUCCUUGUACGGGUACUGUUGUUGCUCUACGUAAGAAUAAAGAUUUCGUCGAUCAAGUUGUUUCCGGUGAUGAAGUCGCGAUAAUAUUAGAUCAAACGAAUUUUUAUGCAGAACAAGGUGGACAGAUAUAUGAUGAAGGAUUUUUAGUUAAAGUUGAUGAUGAAAGUACUGAAAUUCGUAUAAAAAAUGUACAAGUUAAAGGAGGAUAUGUCUUACACAUUGGAACUGUUGGUGAAGGAACUCUGAAGAAAGGAGACAAGUUAUACUUAAACAUAGAUUAUUCAAGAAGAAGAUUGAUAAUGAGCAAUCAUACCGCUACUCAUGUUCUUAAUAAUGCUUUAAGAGAAGUUUUAGGAACAGAUUCUGAUCAAAAAGGAUCGUUGGUUGCUCCAGAUAGAUUAAGAUUCGAUUUUAGUAAUAAAGGUGCGAUGACUGCAGGACAAGUGAAGAAAGUCGAAGAACUUAUGCAAGAAGUAAUUACAGCCGAUAAGCAAAUCUAUGCCAAGACCAGUCCUCUAGUGAUCGCCAAGGGUAUCCAUGGACUUCGCGCAAUGUUUGGCGAGACCUAUCCCGACUUGGUUCGAGUGGUGAGUAUAGGCAUCCCCGUCGAGGACCUGGAGAGUAAGCCGCUCAGUGACGCCGGUAUGAAGACGAGCGUCGAGUUCUGCGGAGGUACUCAUUUGCAUCGCACUAGCCACAUCGGCGACUUCGUGAUCGCGAGUGAGGAAGCCAUCGCCAAGGGGAUACGUCGCAUCGUUGCGUUAACUGGCCCCGAAGCAUCCAAGGCCCUCAAGAAGUCAGAUUUGCUGCAAAAUCAUUUGAAUUUGUUGGAAGAUAGUGUGAAAUCGGUCAAAGAUAGUGCAGACUCGAAAAACGUCGUUAAACAAAUCGUUGAGCACACCGACGACGUAUCUCACGCUGUGAUAUCGUAUUGGAAAAAAGAAAAGAUGCGAGAUCAAUUGAAAGCUUUGAAAAAAACUUUGGAUGAUAAGGAGCGAGUUGCAAAAGCUGCCGUUGCUACUUCAGUCGUUGAAACUGUAAAAAAUAUCAUCGAAGCCAAUAAAGGAACACCAGUUUUAGUUGAAAUCCUAAAUGCAUAUAAUAAUACAAAAGCUCUAGAUAUGGCUUUAAAAAAGGUAAAGUCUAUAUCCCCAGAAACAAGUACUCUUUUUAUAAGCGUUGAUGAAGAUGAAAAAAAAAUAUUUGCUCUCAGUGCUGUACCCGAAUCUGCUGUAAGCAAAGGCCUAAAAGCAAAUGAAUGGAUACAAGCGAUAGCUCCGUUAAUGGAGGGAAAAGGAGGCGGUAAACCCGAAUCAGCCCAAGCUUCAGGAUCGAAUAUUUUAUGUUUAAAAGAAGCUUUUGCUACUGCUAAAGCAUACGCAUAUUCGGCAUUAAAAUUGGAUGGUACAUCGUAACGUCGAAAAUAUGUCAAUAGUCUCAAUUCAUUUUCUUAUAUUUUAUUUUGCAUUUUAUAUUUUGUAUACCGCAUUCGCUUAUGGGUGUUUACAACAAGUUCAUGCAUUGAUUGUAACUUUAAAAGUAAUCAAACAAUUUUAAUAAAUGUGCGUGUGAACUUUGUUGAAGUUUUGUACUUUGUAAUAUA